AGGCCGGGCUGAGUAGAGCCCAGCAAACAAACCCUUGGAAUCACCAGGGUCACCGUUCCUAAGGUGAAACACUAGGCCGCUCACUGGAAUCCCGGGCUCCUGGCCGGGGCCGGACGAGGGCUGUCCACGGAGCCAUAAAGGGCCACGCGGCUGGUCGUGGCGGCUGGCUGUGCGAAGGCACCCCUGCCCAUCCGGGGUAUCGGCUGUAGGCCUGGCUGGACACCUUCCACCUCCGCAGGAGCCCUCGAUCCCAGGCCCAGCCGAGGCUACAUGGGCCCGGGAUCCACACCGACCCGCUGAGGAGGGGCCAAAGAGGACCGUCGGAUGAUCAGACCUGCCCUGACCCAGUGUCCAGCAGCAGCUGCAGUGCCGGGCAUCCAGGGCUGGAGUGGAGCCGACACUGUCCAUGGAGCUGGUGGAUAAGGUGGACAGGGGGCGGUGAUGGCGCAGUUUGACACUGAAUACCAACGCCUAGAGGCCUCCUACAGUGAUUCACCCCCAGGGGAGGAGGACCUGUUGGUGCAUGUCCCUGAGGGGAGCAAGUCACCUUGGCAUCACAUCGAAAACCUUGACCUUUUCUUCUCUCGAGUUUAUAAUCUACACCAGAAGAAUGGCUUCACCUGUAUGCUCAUCGGGGAGAUCUUCGAGCUCAUGCAGUUCCUCUUUGUGGUUGCCUUCACCACCUUCCUGGUCAGCUGCGUGGACUACGACAUCCUAUUUGCCAACAAAAUGGUGAACCACAGUCUUCACCCUACCGAACCUGUCAAGGUCACUCUGCCAGAUGCCUUUUUGCCUGCCCAAGUCUGCAGUGCCAGGAUUCAGGAAAAUGGCUCCCUCAUCACCAUCCUGGUGAUUGCAGGUGUCUUCUGGGUCCACCGACUCAUCAAGUUCAUCUACAACAUCUGCUGCUACUGGGAGAUUCACUCCUUCUACCUACACGCGCUGCGCAUCCCCAUGGCAGCCCUCCCGUACUGCACGUGGCAGGAAGUGCAGGCCCGAAUCGUGCAGACCCAGAAGGAGCACCAGAUCUGCAUCCACAAGCGUGAGCUAACCGAGCUGGACAUCUACCACCGCAUCCUGCGCUUCCAGAACUACAUGGUGGCGCUGGUCAACAAGUCCCUCCUGCCCCUGCGCUUCCGCCUGCCCGGCCUCGGGGAGGUGGUCUUCUUCACCCGGGGCCUCAAGUACAACUUCGAGCUGAUCCUCUUCUGGGGCCCCGGCUCUCUGUUUCUCAACGAGUGGAGCCUCAAGGCUGAGUACAAGAGGGGCGGGCAGCGGCUGGAGCUGGCCCACCGGCUCAGCAACCGCAUCCUGUGGAUCGGCGUCGCCAACUUCCUGCUGUGCCCGCUCAUCCUCAUCUGGCAGAUCCUCUACGCCUUCUUCAGCUAUGCCGAGGUGCUGAAGCGGGAGCCCGGCGCCCUGGGCGCGCGCUGCUGGUCGCUCUAUGGCCGCUGCUACCUCCGCCACUUCAACGAGCUAGAGCACGAGCUGCAGUCCCGCCUCAACCGCGGCUACAAGCCUGCCUCCAAGUACAUGAACUGCUUCCUGUCCCCGCUGCUGACCUUGCUGGCCAAGAACGGCGCCUUCUUCGCCGGCUCCAUCCUGGCCGUGCUCCUGGCCCUGACCAUCUACGACGAGGAUGUACUGGCCGUGGAGCACGUCCUCACCACCGUCACACUCCUCGGGCUCACCGUGACUGUGUGCAGGUCCUUCAUCCCAGACCAGCACCUGGUGUUCUGCCCCGAACAGCUGCUGCGUGUGAUUCUCGCUCACAUCCACUACAUGCCUGACCACUGGCAGGGUAAUGCCCACCGCUCGCAGACCCGGGACGAGUUUGCCCAGCUCUUCCAGUACAAGGCAGUGUUCAUUUUAGAGGAACUGCUGAGCCCCAUCGUCACCCCCCUCAUCCUCAUCUUCUGCCUCCGCCCCCGGGCGCUGGAGAUUAUAGACUUCUUCCGUAACUUCACCGUGGAGGUCGUCGGUGUUGGCGACACCUGCUCCUUUGCUCAGAUGGAUGUGCGCCAGCACGGCCAUCCCCAGUGGCUGUCCGGCAGGCAGACGGAGGCGUCGGUGUACCAGCAAGCCGAGGACGGGAAGACAGAGCUGUCCCUCAUGCACUUUGCCAUCACCAACCCCGGCUGGCAGCCCCCGAGGGAGAGCACAGCCUUCCUGGGCUUCCUCAAGGAGCAGGUGCAGCGGGAUGGAGCAGCCGCUAGCCUUGCCCAAGGGGGCCUGCUCCCGGAGAACGCCCUCUUCACGUCCAUCCAGUCCCUGCAGUCGGAGUCGGAGCCGCUGAGCCUCAUUGCCAAUGUGGUGGCCGGCUCGUCCUGCCGGGGCCUGCCCCUGCCCCGAGACUUGCAGGCCUCUCGGCACAGGGCUGAAGUGGCCUCUGCCCUGCGCUCCUUCUCCCCUCUGCAGCCUGGCCAGGGGCCCCUGGGCCGCAUGCCCAGCACCAUGACAGGCUCUGGGGUGGAUGCCAGGACGGCCAGCUCCGGGAGCAGCGUGUGGGAAGGGCAGCUGCAGAGCCUGGUGCUGUCCGAGUAUGCGUCCACUGAGAUGAGCCUGCACGCCCUCUACAUGCACCAGCUCCACAAGCAGCAGGCCCAGGCAGAGCCGGAGCGGCACGUGUGGCACCGCCGGGAGAGUGACGAGAGUGGGGAGAGCGCCCCCGAAGAGGGGGGAGAGAGCGCCCAGGCCCCCCAACCCAUCCCUCGUUCUGCCAGCUAUCCCUGUGCCGCACCCCGACCUGGAGCGCCCGAGACCACCGCCCUGCAGGGGGGCUUCCAGAGACGCUACGGGGGCAUCACAGAUCCCGGCACGGUGCCCCGUGCUCCCUCUCAUUUCUCCCGGCUGCCUCUGGGAGGAUGGGCUGAGGACGGGCAGCCCGCCUCUAGACAUCCGGAGCCUGUACCUGAGGAGGGCUCCGAGGAUGAGCUGCCCCCUCAGGUGCACAAGGUGUAGACAAGACUGAGGAGGGCCCCUACACCCCAGGAUGGAGGCCACUGUUGCCCUGCCAUCCCAUCUGCUGGCCGUGGGAGGGCUCCUCCGAGCGUCGCCUGGCCCCACGUGUGUGGUUUUUGUGUGUCCGUGUCUGGCCAAGGGAGGUGCUCACACUGGCUGGCCACGGCCCCAGAAGAAUGCAGGGCCUGGGAACUAGGGGCACACAGGACUCUAGCCUCUGCCCCCGCCCCUCCUUGGCUCAGAGAGUGGUGCUAGAAACUGGUCCCAGGCCCAGCCCCUGUACUGCCACCUUUGCAUCCACCCCUGCAGUUCUCCAGAGGGCUGCCCACCACAGAAGCUGCCAAGCAGGGGGAGCCUGUGCCAACUGGAGUGGGGUGUGGGCCUGGGCCCUGGACCCCAGCGCCCUGCCACCCUGUGUAGACAGCAGCUCAGGCUGUGGCCCUUACCUCCUCACCUCUGUGCACUCCCAGGUGCAGCCCGUUCACCUCCCCUGCCCCUUCUCUCUGCUUGCUCCCCUUCUGUUAGCUUUGCUUGGGCUGGAUGCCUGAGCUCCCAGCUCCCCUCACACUACUUUUUGACACUAAGAGGGAAGUUUUCUAAAUCACAGAAGCGGGGUGGAAAUUUUGCCACCCCCUCCCACAUUCAGGAUGGGUCCCUGGGAGUCUGAGGCUUUCUUGGGCCCCUUUGCUGCUUAUUGUACCCCCUUCGCACUGCAAGGUCUGGGCUGGAGGGCCUCUGGACUCCUUUCCCCCCAGCAAGAGAGCUCUGGCCUUUGUCCUGCCCCUAGAGGUGGGUGGAGGGUGACUGAGGACCUCACCUUAGGCUUUGGCCUGCCACAUUGCAUGCUGGGACUCCGUCCCACCCAUCCAUCAGCUCUGGACCACCGAAUGAACGAGCUGCCCAGCUGCUGGAAUUUACCUUAGAUUGGGGUGGGGACCGUGUACAGCCUGAUAACCCUUAAUAAAGAAGGGACUUUGA